GACUCGGUGCGCGUACUCGUCUUCCUCGAUCUCACGAGAUCUUUUGCCCUGGUUAUGUCACCUGAUCUGUUUACCUGAUAAAUCUGAGAGAGAGAGAGAGAGAGAGAGAGCAUCCGGCUGAGGGUAACGCGACGCGGGAUCUGGUGGCAGUUGGGAGGCUGCAAGAGAAUGGCUGGAGGAUUUAGAGUGCUUCAUCUUGUUAGACCAUUUUUGGCUUUCUUGCCUGAGGUUCAAAGUGCUGAUCGAAAAAUUCCAUUCAGGGAAAAGGUCAUCUAUACAGUUAUUGCUCUCUUUAUUUUUCUGGUUUGCAGUCAGCUUCCACUUUAUGGCAUACAUUCAACCACUGGAGCCGAUCCUUUUUACUGGAUGCGAGUUAUUCUUGCAUCUAAUCGUGGAACUGUCAUGGAGCUUGGAAUAACUCCAAUUGUGACUUCUGGAUUGGUGAUGCAACUCUUGGUUGGUUCCAAGAUUAUCGAAGUUGACAACAGCGUACGGGAGGAUCGAGCUCUUUUAAAUGGUGCACAAAAGUUACUUGGUAUUCUAAUUGCUAUUGGAGAGGCUGUUGCAUAUGUUCUAUCUGGGAUGUAUGGCAGUGUCAGCCAACUUGGUACUGGGAAUGCUAUUCUCAUUAUACUUCAGCUUUUCUUUGCUGGUAUCAUUGUCAUCUGUUUGGAUGAACUUCUUCAGAAAGGUUAUGGUCUGGGUUCUGGUAUUUCUUUGUUCAUUGCUACCAAUAUCUGCGAAAAUAUCAUUUGGAAGGCAUUUAGCCCAACAACCAUUAACACUGGGCGUGGUGCUGAAUUUGAAGGUGCUGUUAUUGCCUUAUUCCAUCUCCUGAUAACUCGAACAGAUAAAGUCCGUGCUCUUCGUGAGGCUUUCUACCGUCAGAAUCUUCCAAAUGUGACCAACUUGCUUGCUACAGUUCUGGUCUUUCUUAUAGUUAUCUACUUCCAAGGUUUUCGUGUUGUAUUGCCUGUGAGAUCAAAGAAUGCUCGUGGGCAGCAAGGUUCCUACCCUAUCAAGUUGUUCUACACCUCUAAUAUGCCCAUAAUUUUACAGUCAGCUCUUGUCUCUAACCUGUACUUUAUUUCCCAGUUGUUGUACAGGAGAUACAGUGGAAAUUUCUUUGUGAAUCUGCUGGGUAAAUGGAAAGAGUCUGAGUAUUCUGGUCAAUCCAUCCCUGUAGGUGGUAUAGCUUACUAUAUUACAGCACCAUCAAGCUUGGCAGAUAUGGCAGCAAAUCCAUUCCAUGCACUUUUCUAUAUAAUCUUUAUGCUUUCAGCCUGUGCACUUUUUUCCAAAACUUGGAUAGAAGUCUCUGGAUCAUCCGCAAGAGAUGUGGCCAAGCAACUUAAGGAACAACAAAUGGUUAUGCCGGGUCAUCGGGAGUCAAAUUUACAGAAGGAAUUGAACAGGUACAUUCCAACUGCAGCAGCCUUUGGUGGCAUGUGCAUUGGUGCAUUGACGGUUCUAGCAGAUUUCAUGGGUGCAAUUGGUUCCGGAACCGGGAUACUGCUUGCUGUGACCAUCAUAUAUCAAUACUUUGAGACAUUUGAGAAGGAGAGAGCCAGCGAGCUUGGCUUCUUUGGUCUAUGAUCCUAAAGCUUCUUCAUCAUUAAGCUUUUUGGUGACUCUUAGAAUGUUUUAUCACAGUUUUGGUCAAAACUGAAACGGAUGUUUGUCGGUCUUUGUCGAGAGUUGGUGCUCCUUAAGCGUAAGCUGCUAGCAAAUCUUACCUUUGUUCAAGGUGGACACAUCCGGUUUGUUCUGGUAUGUCAGACCUCCGCAACGGUGAGGGUCAACCCUUAAAACCUUAAUGAUGUCACUGACCCUUUUCCACUUUCUAUUGUCAUGUGUUAACUCAUCUGCCUAAUUGCAAAAGCGUGGCCUAUGUCCUGAUGAAAGAUCUUUUCUGUUCGUUUUCACUCAUCAGCAACUUCGUCUCCUUUCUGACUACAGCAGCUUAUUUCAUACAUGUAUGAUGCUUGUCAUGAUAAAUUUGAUGUCUUAGAACAAAUAAGAAAUAAAAUCAUCAUAUAUCGAUUUACAUGCAAAAUCUUUUUAUUUUUGUUGUGUCUGACAUCAAAGUUAAUGCUUUUUUUUGUUGUCCCUUUGCGAUAUCAAUUAGCUGUCUUGUGGAAAUAAUGCUGACGAUCUCAUUUUGUGACCAUGUCAAAUGUCUCUAUUCUCUUUAUUUUCUCCCUUUUUUGUCUCCUAUCUGGAAUGAACUCAUCUCUGCUAAUCGUUUCCUCGAAAAUGAAGCUACUCGAUUGACUUCUCCUUGCACAUGUCCUGAUUUUAUUAUUGGUAGAUAAUGACUUUACUUGUUCCAUUGGUCAUCAAGAUCAUAGCAGCCAUGCUUGGAAAGAGGGUGUCCACCUCUCGAGGUUUGGAGUCAUGCAGACCAGCAGCUGCAAAUAUCUUCGUACAUUCUAAAUGGCCAAAAAUAUCUGCAUGCCUUGCUCGACCUUCUCAUUGACUGCUGUGCAUCGGUAGAAAUGUCACACCAAAUGCAGUUCUUGCUUACAUUGUCACCACCCAUGGGGAUUAGUUGUUGACUUCGGCUUCAACGACUCUGCGGAAGCUUCCUAGAUUUUGACUUGUCUCCGGUAACUUUCUCUUUCCCAGAAACUUACGUGGUCUUCAAGCUAUACACAUCCAGAAGUGCUGCGAGUGAUGCCAAAGAAUACACAUGUCGUUCUCCCGGUGGGCUUACCCGGUGGUUUGACUGGCUUCGUUCCCGCCGCAGCGCUAUAAAUGAUGGAUGAUAGGGUAGUGUUCGUCUCGUAAACUCGUUGUAGCUCGAGAUGGCAGCAACAAGAACAUUUCUCGCCGCCGCUUCCUUCGUCCUCCUCAUGGCCCUCAUGAGCACGGCAACCAUGGCCGCGGACGGCCCUGCGCCGCCACCGACUACCAGCGGCGGGGGUGAGAACUUCUCGGUCCGUGAGAUUCAUUCGAUUGCUUUGGCCUUCUUCGUGUCAUUGGCCACUGUGUUCUCCCUCGCCUACUAGGAAGAAGACGACAGCGGGCUUCGCUGUUGGCUUCUGUCCAUUCUUCCUCCGUGUCGGUUUGCCUUGGUAUUCUCUGGUAGGGAGGAGACGACAGCUUCACUGUUGUCUUCUGUUGAUUCAUCUCUGGUGGGUACUUAGUAUUGUCAGGUGCUUCGAUUAGCUCAUUGUGAUUCGUCUAUUUGUACUGGUCAUGAGGAUUGUAUCUCCGGUUUUAUUAUUUUUAUAUGCUCUCCUUUUAUAAA